AUGGAGGUGGCCUAUCACAGGCCACCACCUCCUGCUUUUGGUGCUGCUUUCUCUUUGCCUGCAUUUCUUAGGAUGAUUCUUGAUAUCCACAGCGAGUGGAAACAAGAAACAGUUGCCCGAUCCAGUACGAGUGGAAUAUUGAGCAAUGGCGCAGUUUCCUUGGCAUCAUAUCACCUCCGCGGGGAAGCUAACGAGUGGUGGCAAUGGCUUCGACGAACUUAUGCUGAGGCCGGAAAAGGGGUAUCGUGGGAAAUAUUCUCAGAAGAAUUGUGGUCCCGCUUUGGGCCCACCGACUGUGAAGAUUUUGACGAAUCUCUCUCCAAAAUUCAUCAGACUGGUGACUUACGUGAUUAUCAAAGGGAGUUUGAACGAUUGGGUAACAGGGUGAGAGGUUGGACUCAGAAGGCACUAGUUGGAACCUUCAUGGGGGGACUUAAAUCUGAAAUCGCAGAGGGGAUCAGAAUGUUUAAACCCAAGACCUUGAAGGAUGCAAUAAGCUUAGCUCGAAUGAAGGAUGAGCAAUUGCUUCGUCAUAAAAAAGCAAUUCGCCCAUCUCUCCAAACGAGUAAUUUCUCUCCAUCAAAAAGCAAACCUUCCACUCCUGUGAAGCGACUAACACAGGACGAGAUGCGAGCGAAGGGCACGGGGCUCUGUUUUAAGCGUGACGAAAAGUUUGCUCUCGUCACCGCGUUCGGUUCGACUCAUAACUUCAUCAAUGAGAAAAUCGCCGGUUUGCUCAAAUUGCCGGCCAGGCCAACAACACCUUUCAAUGUUAAAGUGGCGGAUGGAAGUCCAUUGCGAUGCACCGGAAAAUUCAAGGAUAUUGCUUUUUCUCUCCAAGGAUUUCAUCAAGUCAGGAUGCAUCCUCCUGAUAUUCAUAAAACGGCCUUCCGAACUCAUAACGGCCAUUAUGAGUAUCUGGUGAUGCCUUUUGGGCUGUGCAACGCGCCCUCCACAUUCCAGGCGCUAAUGAACACUGCUUUCCGCCCCUACUUAAGAAAAUUCGUCUUGGUUUUCUUUGACGAUGUUCUUAUUUACAGUCCAUCAUGGGAGACUCAUCUAGAGCAUGUGCAGUUGGCAUUACAGCUACUGCGGCAACAUCAAUUUUUUAUAAAGCUAAGCAAAUGUGCUUUUGGACUCAAACAAAUUGAAUAUUUGGGUCAUGUGGUUUCUGGAGAUGGAGUGCAGGUGGAUAAAUCGAAAAUCAGUGCAAUACUGGAUUGCCUACUCCAACAACAGUCACUGAAUUACAUGGGGAUUGGUGCAGUUCUGUCACAGCAGGAUCGGCCCAUCGCUUUUAUGAGUCGUGCUUUGGGUCCCUCGAAGCAAGCUUGGUCUACAUAUGCUAAAGAAAUGCUUGCCAUCUUGCAGGCAAUCAGAACAUGGCGUCCUUAUAUUUUGGGUCGUAAGUUCUUUAUUCAGACGGACCAGCGUAGUUUGAAAUACUUGGUGGAACAGAGAGUUGUCACUCCAGAGCAACAAAAUUGGGUUUCAAAGUUACUGGGUUAUGAUUAUGAGAUACUUUAUAAACCGGGCAAAGAGAAUCGGGUCGCAGAUGCUUUAUCUCGCGUCUCUGGAAUUCCAAGUCUAAAUUCACUAUUUUUGCCACACUCUUCUCUUUGGGAUCGCAUUAAAGCUACCCUCACUACUGAUCCAUAUAUGCUUCGAAUUGGUCAAUUGGCGUCUGAUCGCCCUGGGCAACCUUACAUUUGGAAGAAUGGAUUGAUUUUUUUUAAGAAUCGGGUGGUCAUUCCUCCUCAGUCUGAUCUCCCUACUCAGCUUUUACAAGAGUUCCAUGAUUCUCCUUCGGGUGGCCACUCUGGAGUCCUCCGCACAUUUAAACGCAUCGCACAACAAUUCUAUUGGCCUCAUAUGCGAUUGCAGAUUCAGAAAUAUAUUGCGGCGUGCUCGGUGUGUCAAAAAAAUAAGUCUGCUACGACUUUACCAGCAGGUUUACUUCAGCCAUUGCCGAUUCCUCACCAAGUUUGGGACGACAUCGCAAUGGAUUUUAUUGAUGGGUUGCCUCCUUCCUCUGGUAAAACUUCUGUUCUGGUAGUAAUUGACAGAUUGAGUAAAUAUGCUCAUUUUUUGCCAUUGUCUCAUCCAUACUCUGCUAAGGUCAUAGCUGAAUUAUUUGUAAAUGGAGUUGUCAAGUAUCAUGGCAUGCCUAGGUCGAUCGUCAGUGAUCGUGACCCAAUUUUCAUGAGCCAUUUUUGGCGUGAGUUCUUCAAGCUCUCUGGAACCCAAUUAAAUAUGAGCUCUUCGUACCACUGA